GUCUCUCCAUCUUUACUUUCUUCAUACAUACCCAUAUCAUGCAGCUUCCCUGUCAUUAUUAUCAUAGGUUCUGGUUGAGUCUUCUAUCCCUUGCAUUAACAUUGACCCUGUUGCAUGGAGCAUCAAAAGGAGCUUCCAGUUCCAGCCAUGAGGUGGUCAAAAUCGGUGCCAUAUUCACGUUAAAAACUAUAAACGGACAAGUUUCCAAAAUUGCCAUCGAAGCUGCUGAGAAAGACGUCAAUUCCGAUCCUCGCAUCCUCGGGGGACGCGAAUUGUCCAUAACCAUCCACGAUUCCAACUUCAGCGGUUUUCUUGGCUUUAUUGGGGCCCUCAAGUUCUUGAUGACUGACACUGUGGCUAUAAUUGGUCCACAAACCUCAGUGAUGGCUCAUGUGCUCUCGCAUCUUGCAAACGAGCUCCACGUUCCUCUGCUGUCCUUCACGGCUUUUGAUCCCACCCUAACACCUCUUCAGUACCCUUACUUUGUCCGAACAGUCCCCAGCGAUGAGUUUCAGAUGGCUGCAGUUGCUGACAUAAUUACUUACUAUGGUUGGAGAGAAGUCAUAGCAGUAUUUAGUGACGAUGGUCAGAGUCGAAAUGGGAUUAGUGUAUUGGGAGAUAAACUUGCUGAUAGACGCUGUAAGUUAUCUUACAAAGCAGCACUGCCCCCUGAUCCAACCGCCAUUCCAGCUGAUGUUACUACUGAGUUACUCAAAAUUACAACUAUGGAAGCUCGAGUCAUUGUUCUACACACCUUUCACCACACAGGUCUCUUGGUUUUUGACGUGGCUCAAAAACUGGGCAUGAUGACCAAAGGCUAUGUUUGGAUUACUACUUCUUGGUUAUCAACUGUUUUAGAUUCAACUUCAUCACUCCCUUUAAAUACUUCUAACUCAAUUCAAGGAGUUAUUACACUUCGCCCUCACACCCCCCAGUCCAGGAAAAAACAGGCAUUUAUCUCAAGGUGGAAACUCAUAAGUAAUGGCUCAAUUGGGUUAAAUCCGUAUGGGCUCUAUGCUUAUGAUUCUGUUUGGAUGAUUGCUCGUGCACUUCAACUAUAUUUUCAUCACAAUGGUACCAUUUCAUUUUCUAAUAAUACAAAUUUAAGUGGUAUGAAGGGAGAUAGUCUGGAUCUUAGUGCUCUUGGCGUUUUUGAUGGAGGGAAACGGUUGCUUGAUAACAUAUUGCGCAUUAAUAUGAGUGGAUUGACAGGACCUAUCCAAUUUGGUUCAGACAGAUCCCCUUUACAUCCAUCAUAUGACAUCCUUAAUGCACAUGCUAAUGGUUGUAGGAGGAUUGGGUAUUGGUCUAAUUAUUCUGGUCUCUCCGUAGUAACCCCUGAGAAACUUUACACAAAGCCUGCCAAUCGCUCUAUUUCAAGCCAGCAUCUAUACCCUGUCAUAUGGCCUGGAAACACAACACAAAAGCCUCGUGGAUGGGUUUUCCCAAAUAAUGGGAGGCACCUCAGAAUUGGAGUUCCUAACAGAGUUAGUUACCGAGACAUGGUCUCACAGAUAAAUGGCACCAGUUCUGUUCAAGGAUAUUGCAUAGAUAUAUUCCUGGCCGCCAUAAAAUUGCUUCCAUAUGCCGUUCAACACAAAUUCAUUCUGUUUGGAGAUGGAUAUAAGAACCCAAGCUACUUUGAUUUUGUGAAUAUGAUAACUUCUGAUGUUUUUGAUGCUGCCGUGGGUGAUAUUGCUAUUGUCACUGACCGAACAAAGAUUGUGGACUUUACUCAACCAUUUAUAGAGUCGGGGCUAGUUGUUGUUGCUCCAGUGAAAAAAUUGAAGUCAAGUGCCUGGGCUUUCUUGCGACCAUUUACUCCAGUGAUGUGGGGUGUCACUGCAUUUUUUUUUCUUGCUGUUGGAACGGUGGUGUGGAUUCUUGAACAUAGAACAAACGAUGAGUUUCGGGGGUCUCCAAAGAAACAGAUAGUCACGAUUCUUUGGUUUAGUUUCUCAACCAUGUUCUUUGCGCACAGAGAAAACACAGUUAGUCCACUUGGUCGUGUUGUGUUGAUAAUUUGGCUUUUUGUGGUUCUGAUAAUCAAUUCAAGCUACACUGCAAGCUUGACUUCAAUUCUCACUGUGCAACAGCUGUCAUCACCCAUAACAGGAAUUGAUAGCUUGAUAUCCAGCCGUGAACCUGUAGGCUUCCAAGUAGGCUCAUUUGCUGAAAACUAUCUGAUCGAGGAACUCAACAUCCCCAAACAUAGACUUGUUCCACUAGGCUCACCAGAAGAAUAUGCCGUUGCCCUCGCAAGGGGAACUGUUGCAGCUGUGGUGGAUGAACGACCAUACAUAGAACUCUUCCUGUCAAAACACUGCGAAUUCUCCAUUAGGGGCCAAGAGUUCACCAAAAGUGGAUGGGGAUUUGCAUUCCCGAGGGACUCUCCUGUAGCAAUUGAUAUGUCAACUGCCAUUCUAACUCUAUCUGAGAAUGGUGAACUUCAGAGGAUCCGUGAAAAGUGGCUUUCAGAAAAGGCUUGUGGUUUUCAUAGCUCCGGGGAUGAGCAACUUCAAUUAAAUAGCUUCCGAGGCUUGUUUCUAAUCUGUGGGGCAACAUGUUUCCUGGCGCUUCUUAUCUACUUUUCCUCAAUGCUACACAAAUUCAUUAAAAAAUCCUCUGAAAAAACCGCUCCUUCUAAUCGUUGCAGCUCACCCUCUGCACGCAUCCAAACAUUUCUAAAUUUUGCUGAUAAAAAAGAAGACGUAUCAGACAGGAAAUUGAAAAGAAAGAUUGAGGAUAUUACAUCAAAUGCUUAUUCCAGAGGAAAACCUUUCAGAGCAUAUCCAAGAGAGUAGUACAAGUGAACAUUUCCCC